UUGGUUUGUGUCCUUGGUUAACGACCGCAUCUAAUCCAUGCUAGUUACCCAUAGUUUUUGACAGUUAGGAAAACCGACAAUGUUUGCACUUUGCUGACGGUCCCUUGGAAUCUGUUUCUCAGUCGUCUGUACUUUGUCCACCCCGGAGGAAAGCUGAUUUACAGGAAAAUUGGGUUGUAGCUGCCUCUUUACAUUACUACGAUAAAAAAAAAGAGGUGUUAUUUGUGUAAGAAUACGUCUGCAAAGUGCAAAACCAGAAAAAAUAGACUAUAUAAUAUUAAUUGACUAUAAAGUCAAUUUGAAGUCAAUAACUUCACUGUAAUACACUGUACUGUCACCAAAUUGUCCUGACACUUAUUUGGUAGACAUGUCUUUAUUUAUAAUUUUGAUGAUUUUUUUUUAAUGUGAAAAUAAUUCCAUAACUUGACCAUUAUGGAAAUUAUAUUUAAUAACUUCACUUUAAUACACUGUACUGUCACCAAAUUCAGAUCACACUUCACUGAGGUCCUGACAGGUAUACUACAACACUUAUUUGGGAGAAAUGCCUUUUUGUAUCAUUUUUAUGAUUAUUCAUAAUAAAAAAAAAUCAAUAACUUGGAUAUUCCUUUGGAUAUUCUCCCAGCAAACAAAUCAUUUGAGCCGGUUUACGAGUAACAGAAGAAAUGGCGGUUGCUGUCGUAGAUAAAAUAACUAGAAAAUGGCAUGAAAUAGAAGGGAUUUGUGGGGAACAAGAGCUUCGUUCACUUGAGAGUUGUCUAAGAAAUUUACGUCGUAUUGAACAUUUAUUGUCUCCAGACACACUUGAGGACCUACAACAGAGUCUGGAUGGUCUCAGGACACUGAUGUCUGAAGUUAUGUUACCUGUAACUCAAGGGUUUUCAGCCUCUCGAAUUCAUUCACGUGUGCUUAUUGUGCUUUCAAAUCAAAUCAAAGUUUAUUUAUAGAGCACCUUUUUAAAACAGCAGGUGUUCACCAAAGUGCUGUACAAACAAUAUAAUAUAAACAAUAGAACUAAAAUGCAUAAAAUAAUAAUAAUGAAAUAAAUAAAAACACAAUAAACAAUGCAAUAAAUACAAUAAUAAUUAGUAACAUGGUUAGUAACACAAAGUAGAUACAGGAAGGGAAUAAUAGACGUAACCUAACACUGGUCUCAUGUCCUGUUUUGUCUUUAUGUGAGUGUUGUAUUAAAAUGGACCCAGUCAAAUGGGAAUGUGGAUGUAGAAGAGCUUGGUAAAAAAUAAAUGGGUAAAAAAUUGGCAGCUAUGAAGUCUGUCCCUAAGUGUAAUGACCGCCCCUUCCCUCUCUUUAAGCCAUCACUAGAGGGCAAUAUAGCAAUGUUGGGGAAAAUGAGGUCAGAGGUCGAUGAUUUGCAGCACAAUGUUCCCAUGUUAGCAGAUGCUCAAAAUGCAGAGACAGCGAUGGAUAAGUUCAGAUAUUAAUGGUUUAUUUUCCCCAUAGGAGUGCAGACCGAGGACGACAAGCCAUUCAGGUAACCAGGGACCAAAUGGAUUUUCUUUUGAAGCAAGGCAACACAGUUAAGCAAAAGUUUCGGGAUGCUCCUCCUCAUUUUUAUAUGAGGUCAAAGUUCUUGGUAUACCAGUGAGGAGCAGAUUUUCUGCAAUAGAAAAUGAAGAACUUGAAUAUCAUAUGAUGAGAGCCUUGUUACGUGUGGAUGGAUUGCUGGUUCCAUGACGUAGGGUGCGAGAGAUGUUGGCUCAGGUAAACCCAUCAGCUACUGCUAGGAGCAGCAUUGUAUCAAGAUGUAUCAUGCAUCUUACCCCAACAGCCUUUGGCAUCUAGAUGGAAAUAUGCACUUUAUAAGAUGGGGCUUUGUAGUGCAUGGAGCCAUAGAUGGACAUUCGCGGCUGAUCUCUCAUCUGAAUUGCAACACUGACAACCGUGCCAACAUUGUGCUGUCUCAGCUUCCUAAAGCCACGUGCCUGUAUGGACUGCCGUCCAGAGUCCUAGCAGAUUAUGAUGUUGAGAACCUUCAGGUGGCCUUUUUUAUUAAUCUUUUGCACGGUAUUGAGCACCACAGUUUCAUUACAGGGGAAUUGGUCCACAACCAGAGAAUCAAACAUCUCUGGAGGGAUGUGUUUUUGCAUGUGCUGCAAUCCUUUUACAGCAUGUUCCAUACUCUCGAGGACUCUCACCUUCUGGAUCCAAUAAAUGACAUCCACAAACUUUCUCCUCAAAUAGUUUUUCUUCCCGAGAUUCAAAAAAGCCUUGAGCGCUUUAGGGAGGUCUGGAACAACCAUGCUUUGCGUACAGAAAACAAUCGAACACCCAUUCAAAUCUGGACGGAAGGCAUGCUCUUAAAUAUAGCAAUGGACAGUACUGCACUUAACAAUGUGUUUGGGGAAAAUCCCUACAGAUCACAAAAUUUGGAGGCAGUUCUGACACAACAUGGAAUUGACUCUUUACCCACUACUGAUGAUGUUGAUGAUCUCCCUGUUUUAAUUGAAAGGCAACCUCAAAUCAGUCUGAGUCAACAACAACAGGAGUCAAUCUUUCAUGCUAUUGAUCACAUUUCAGAUUUGAAGAUAAAGUAUCUGACAUGCUGUGCAGAAAUAACACAGCAUCGAGCUUGGAUUGAGCUCCAGACCGAGAGGGAUUGAUGGUUAUUUUGUAUUUCUCCAUUUACAACAGAUUCCUCGUUCUUACCAAGCUUCUUGAUGAUAGUCUUGUAAUCCUUUCUGGCCUUGUGAAGGUCAACAAUCUUGUCCCUGAUGUCCUUUGACAGCUCUUUGGUCUUGCUCAUGGUGCUGAGGUUUGAAUCGAACAUCGAGGUUUUGUGGACAGAUGUCUUUUAUGUACAUAAAGAGUUGUUAGGAGCACUUCUUAAAUUAAUCUGUGUACCACAUUAGCACAUAACCAGUCUGUGGGAGCCAGAGUUAGUUGGUUGAUCUGGAAUCAAAUACUUAUUUUAUACUUGGUGAAAUGCAACAAUUUAUGUAGUGUUUUUUUUUUUGGAUUGAUAUUUUUUGGAUCGAAAAAAAAAUAUACAUUAAUUUGUUUAGUUCAACGGUACCUAUAGUAAACAGCAAAGUUCUGCAAACAUUGUAGAAACUCUAGAAAACAUUAAAUUUAGAACAUUUUUGAUUGAAUCUUUCAAGCAUUUGAGGUGACAGUAAACAAUGUGGAACACUAACAACAAGAAGUUACAAACAGCAGUGGUGUGGCUGAACUAUUACAUUCCCAGACUGUUCAUGGAACUCCAAAACCAGGAGCCUGCAUAAUUCCCUCAAUCAUAUAUUUCUUGAAGGUGUUAUAAUACAUGGUGUGGGCAGGCGGAGGAUUAUUUGGCAGGUAUUUGCCUCUGGAAACAUUUUAUUGGCUUCAUGAAGGAACUUAAUUUGUUGACAGCGUAGAAAUCCAAGGGGAGGCACUACUGAUGCUCCAGAUAUAAACUCCAAUACUUUUUCAAGGGUGACUGUACUACAUUCCCCUUCUGCAACACAACAUCAUUGGGUGAAAACAUUGGGUGUAUUGAAGUAAUUUAUACUGACGUACGUGUCCCUUAGUGACACUUGUUUCUGGAUUGCGUACGAAACCUUUCCACAAUCCCACUAAGAAAUUGUCCUAGAUUGCAUGGGUUAGUGUUGAAAACACAAGAUCAACUAUCAGAGUUGGUCUUACCUUGAACGUAAGUGUCCUUUAAAGUCCCUCGCUCUUCUAACAAAGGAUCCU